AUGAUGAACUCGCCAGCCGUCGCGCCGUUCGAGUUCAUGACCGCCUCGCGCGUCGUGUUCGGCUGCGGCACGUCCAAGAGGGUCCCGUCCCUCGUCAAGGAUCUGGUGCAGCUGAACCAGUGCGCGGACAAGCCCGCGCUCGUCGUCACCGGCAAGUCCGACCGCUUCUCCGCGCCCCUCGUGGAGGCGCUGAAGGCGGAGGGCAUCGAGAGCGUGGUGUACCACUGCCCGGGCGGUGAGCCCACGACCGCGACCGCCGAGGCCGCGAUCGCCCUCGCCUCCUCCAACGAUUGCGGGUCCGUCAUCGCCAUCGGCGGCGGCACCCCCGUGGACACCGGCAAGUGCGUCGCGGCGGUGCUCACCAACGGAGGGGAAACGCCGGAUCUGUACGAUUUCCUCGAGGUGGUCGGCCGCGCUAAACCCUUGACCACGCGCUGCGCACCCUUCAUCGCCGUCCCCACCACCGCGGGACCGGGCGCGGAGGUGACCAAGAACAGCGUCCUAGAGGCGGGCGAUCGAAAGGUGUCCAUGAGGCACCAGUUCAUGCUCCCGGAGCUCGUAGUCAUCGACCCCGAGCUCACUUUGUCGAUGCCCGCAGACGUCACCGCGCACACGGGCCUGGACGCGCUCACGCAGUGCGUCGAACCCUACGUCUGCAACGCCACCAACCCGCUCGUGGACGCCAUCUCGCUCGCGGGAAUCACCGCGGGCGCCAGGUCCCUUCGCGCCGCGUGCGAAAACCCGCUCGACAUCGUCGCGAGGGAGGACAUGUGCCUGUGUUCGUACUACGGCGGCCUCUCUCUGGCGAACGCGAAACUCGGCGCCGUGCACGGUUUCAGCGGGACCCUCGGUGGGUUGUUGCACGCGCCGCACGGUGCCAUCUGCGCGGCGCUCCUGCCGCACUGCUGCACCGUCAACGUCGCCGCGCUGAAGGGCUGGUUCGGGGAGAAGGAACCCGAACUGGCGGCGAGGUACCUGGCGCGGUACGAAACCGUCGCUCGCACGGUGACGGGGGAUCCGAACGCCACCGUGGAGGACGGCGUCGCGUGGAUCGUGAACUUGGUGAAGGAUUGCGGGGUGCCGGGCUUGGGGGAGUUUGGGCUGAAGGAGGACGAUUUCGACGAGGUUGUGGCCAAGUCGAAGGAGAGCAGCUCGAUGAAGGGGAACCCGGUGCCGCUAAGUGACGAAGAGCUCAAGACGAUGCUCAGGAUGGCGCUGUGA